AUGUACGAAGGGAUUGACAACCUGAAAUCCCUUUACGACCGUGCCGGGAAGACUUUCUCCGGCGGUCCUUCUGCGGCACAGGAUGUGUCGCGUCGUACUGCUCGACCAGACCCAGUACGUCAACCAUCAAUUGGGAGCGGGGCUCCCAAGAAUCCCAGGACGGGGGAUAGCCGCGCCACCGGACGAGGUAACUCGUCCGACGUCCGUUCACGUCGCGGUGGUUCAACAGCUGCUCUACUAGAUAGCGCUGGCCACCGCGAGAGUCCUCUAAUGGAGGUGGAGGAGGAGGAAAGACGCUCUCCACACGAUCAUGUGGAUCGGUGUGUUCCCGAGAGCUUCUUUGAUCGCGUAACGCAAGGGUUACGCGACGAUCUCGAGCAUGAGCGGAAUAGGCGUCUCCAGAUGGUGGACACUGCCUCGAAGCAUCGAGAUGAGUUUGCCUUUGCUCAGCUUGAGAACGAGAGAUCUCUGACAUCUCUUCGUGACGAGCUAAGGGUAGCUCGUGGGAUUGUUGAUCGGUCUCGGGCUGAGAUAACUGCUCUUCAGACCCUUGUUGAUGCCCACCAUCGGGAGCACAAGGCUAUCUGCGAGAUGCUUGAGCGCAAGGGCGUUCUUCAUCGGAAGAAGCAGCGUACUGAUGGUACGGCUUAA